AUAUCGAUGGUCGAGUUAGAUCGAAACUCCCAUCCAAUUAGGAGAUAACAAAUUGAACAAGUUGAACUGCAUCAGUAGUUAAGUUUAUCAAUUUGUUGUAAUAUUUCGUCAAUUAUCUCGCAUUUAUUCGAAAUGGACCCAAAAAUUAUCAGCGGACCUCCAGUAUUAUCCAGCUUAUUGGCUGAUAUAAAUAUUCCAUUGCAUCAAUUCAUCGAAAAUUCAGCCAAGAAUCACAUUUCGACGAUAUGCAUGAUUGAUGCUUUAACCGAUCGGAAAUUAACCAUCGAAGCAGUCCUGUCUCAGAGUAUAAUUUUGGCAGCUGAAUUACAAGCUUUAGGAUGCAGACCGGGUCUUGUCGUUGGUAUUAUAUGCGAAAAUGGACUCGACUAUCCGGUCAUUAUGAUGGCGAUUUUUCGCACCGGAGCAACAGUAGCUUGUUUCAACCCCUCGUAUAGCAUAGGUGAACUGGAACACACCAUGAAUGUUACACAACCGCACUUAUUAUUCGUGGACUCGAGUAGUUCUGCAAAAAUCACUCAAUGCAGUUCAAAGUUUAAAUGUCUCAAACAUAUAAUAAGUCUGGAAGAUAAUGUGAAACCACCAAAGUUGAAUUACUCCAGUUUAUUAUCUCGUAAAAAUACCUUGAACUAUAUCCCUCCCAGUGUAAGUGAACUGAACACGUCUUUAAUUCUGUUUUCGAGCGGAUCGACCGGUUUACCAAAAGGCGUCAUGUUAUCCAACAUUAGUGUAAUUUAUUUGUUCAACAUGAUGAAGCUCCAAAAGGAAAUGCUUCUUGAUUAUGAUCCAGUGACUUUAUCAGUAAUACCAAUGUUUCAUGGGUAUGGUGUUUUACUAGUGCUCAGAAGUUUUGUUACCGGUGGAUGCAUAUUAAGUUUGAAAAAAUUCAAUCCCGAACAAUUCCUCGCAGCUAUAGAAAAAUACAAAGUUACUGAUCUAGCUUUAGUACCAGCUUUGAUGAUAUUUUUAGCAAAACAUCCCAUUGUAAAUAAUUACAAUUUAUCAUCGAUUCGUAACGUCUCAUGUGGAGCAGCUCCAUUGAGUUUUGAAAUAGAAGAUGAAGUCAAAACGAAAUUAAAAUUGGAUAAAGUAAUCAAAGGAUAUGGAAUGACUGAGACAACAGUUCUCUGUACGUAUGCUCCUCCUGGUAUUGACAUAACAGCUGGUUCUGUUGGUAAAUUACUUCCUGGAUUAUUGGCUAAGGUAAUUGAUAUACAUACUGGAGAACUUUUGGAAUCUGGUCAAGAAGGAGAGAUUUGUGUGAAAGGAAUAUUAAUUAUGCAAGGAUACUAUAAUAACAAGAAAGAAACCGAAAACACAAUUGAUCCUGAUGGUUGGCUACAUACUGGCGAUGUGGGAUAUUAUAAUGAUGAUGAAGAGUUCUUUAUCGUCGACAGAAUCAAAGAUUUGAUAAAAUACAAAGGAUUACAAGUGGCUCCUGCUGAACUUGAAGCUUUACUUCUGAAACACCCUUGUGUUAAAGAUGUUGCGGUUAUUGGAGUACCCGAUGACAUUGCCGGAGAAGUACCUAGAGCUUUUGUUGUAAAAAUGAAAGAUGUUACCGAAAAAGAACUGGUUGAUUAUAUUGCUGAACAAGUUGCACCUCAUAUGAAGUUGAGGGGCGGUGUAAAAUUCAUAACUGAGAUACCUAGGAAUACGAAUGGUAAAAUAUUGCGCAGAGAACUGAGAAAAUGGCUUCAGUCGAAGUUAUAAAAAUAUAUAAGUAUUUUUUGUGACGACUAGUUUAUUGUAAUUAUUAGUUUUGAACUAUUGAAUUCAUUCCAGUCAUGUUAUGUAUUAAAUUGCUGUGAUCAAACGCUUUCCUGUAAUUCCUCUAGCACUUUUCAGUGUUAAAUGUUUACAAUUUUUGUUUCUGUUUUAUUUUUGUAUGUAGAUCUUCAAUUUUAUGAUUCUGUAGCUGUAGUGUUCUGUUCUUAUAAAAUAUAUCUGUUGUGUGAGCCUAUUAA